AUGGGUUUUGUCAAACUAGGCCGACACCGAAAGUCUUACUCCGAGUCGUCAACGACUCUGAAGAUGUCCAAGCCACCCAUGCCAGAAACCCUGGCGGGAGACUUGUGCGACAAGAUUAAAUGGAGGAAAUUGGACCCCGAGACCUCUGCUGAUAUUUACAUGGACAUUUCCACAACCAAGAUUGCCAAUGUCUCCAUUAGCUGGGAACCUGAAACCGCCCAAAAGAUUCGCAAGCUUGAAUUGCAGAAGAAGGUCAAGGCAUUUAACAAGUACGGAGACGACGCUCCGGAAAAACCAUUCAUGGUGGGCGUCGUUGGAAUUCCAGGCUCUGGAAAGAGUACUUCUGCUGAUAUUCUGUCAUCCAUUCUCAGUAGCUCCAUUGUCAUGCCCAUGGAUGGCUUUCACACUCCCAUGGCCGAUCUGGAAAAGAUGCCCAACGCCACGGACGUCAUUUACCGCAGAGGAGCUCCGGAUACCUUUGAUCCGGCCUCGCUCGAAAAGGCCUUGGAACGUAUCGUCAAUGGCGACGAGGAAGAGGUGUCCAUUCCUGGAUUUGACCAUGAAAAGGGAGAUCCAGAAAAGGAUCAACACACCUUUAUUCGCAGUGAACACUCCGUUGUGAUUGCCGAAGGGAUUUACCUCAUGCAUCAAGCAGAUGGAUGGGAAAACAUCAAGUCCUACUUUGAUUUCAUUGUGUACAUUAAGAUUGACGUCGACACUUGCGUCGCUCGACUAAAGUCACGGAACAAGUGCAUUCCAGGAUACACGCCAGAAGAAAUUGAGAUUCGAUGCGAAAUUGUCGACCGCAAGAAUGCGGAGACUGUCGAAAAGAGUAAGAUUUGGGCAACGGAGGAAGUGAUCUCUGGAGCAGCAUAA